AUGUCCCACCGAUACCCCGCCAACAGGAAGUACUACGACGACGACCGCGGCCAACCGCCUAGACCUCCGCGUUCACAAAGAGAUCAACUGAACGACGACGACCGCCAUACGGACAAUCGCAGAGAACGUGAUUACCCGUCUGCGAGAUAUUCAUCAAGAGAAACUUCAAGCUAUGGCUCAGUCCGACGCAACCAUCCAGCAAGCCCAUACUACGACAGAGACUACGACAGGUAUUACUGCAGUAAUAGAGACAGGGACAGGGAAGACUAUGGCAGGGACAUACCAGGAGACUACGACAGGCCGAGAUCAGAAUAUGGCGGAUCAAGAAGUGGCCGCAGAAGAUCUCGAUCACCACCUCCUCCCAAUCCGCGAAGACACAACCAGAUUAUCAACAAUCACCAACCAGGCGGUUUACGGUCUGGUAGAUUAAUGCCACCACAGAGAGAAAGGCAAGGUGGUCGUAAUCACGAUCGUGAUCACGAUGAUUUGACGUCUGGUCGAUUAUCCCCGCUUCGCAGAGAAUAUCACAGCGAUCGCGAUACAUCCACAAGAUCUGGCAGGAAUUCUCCAGCUCCGAGUAUUACGAGUAACAGUGGGAGUUGGACACAUGCAUGUGCGCCGGCGGCAAGGACAGCACAAAUGUCGCGGGCUCCUUCUCGGGUUCCUUCUCGAGCUUCUUCCCCAGCUCGAGGUUGGAAACCAGAUGACCUGCGGGCCGGUAGAUUAUCCCCGCCACCGAGAGAGAUAGAUAGCGGUCCGGGUGAUGCGAGCAGAUCCGGAAGGACAUCUCCAGCAGCAGCUUCUAGUACGACGAGUGGUAGCAGGACUCCGGCAGCAGCACCCGCGCCGGCAAGGACAGCACAGCCAUCUCAGGCUCCGUCUCAGGCUCCGUCUUGGGUUCCUUCUCGGUCUCGUUCCUCGCUUCGAGCUCGUUACCCGAUUCGUGCUCGCUCCCCGGUACGAGCUCUCCAACCAGAUAAUCUUCAGUCUGGUAGAUUAUCCCCACUGCCGAGGGAAGGGCAAAGUUCAAACAACAAUUCCAGCUCCGACAGGACGGCGCCUGCUCCAAGUACGACCAGAGGCAGGGCGCCAGGACCAGCAAGAAUAGCACAACUAUCGCAAGCCCUGUCCCGAGCUACGUCCGGAGCUCCACCACAAACUCGGGCUCCGGCACCAGUUCAAGCUCCCGCACCAGCUCCAGCAUCUCUUCCAGCUCCAGCAUCCACUCCACGCCCGGAUCCAGCACCUGCUCCCCGCCCAGCGCAAGCUCCCAGACCAGUUGCCCCAGCGCAAGAUGCCAAACCAAAGGGCUCCCCACCCUCAACAAAAACCAAGAAUACCCGAAACACAUUUCACUUCCUCGAGCUCUCCCUCGUUGAAAAUGCCCUGAUCCCCGAUUCACAUAUCCUCCUAGAUCUCGGAAAAUGCAUGGAUGAGUGCGAACAAGAAGAUCCAGACACGCCUUGGGAAGAACAAGAAAAAGGGAAGAAAUUUCUCAAGUGGUUCGAGGAGUAUAGAAGUUCUGUUGCGACACUUAGGCCGACUGUGCCAGAUAUGCGAGACCACGCCAUGCUAGCAAUGAAGGACAUGAUCAAAAAGGGGUUAACAAGGAGGAAGUUGUUCACCGAACUGUAUCCUCUACCAUCAAAAGACGAUGAUAAAGACAAGAAAGAUUCGGCAGAACCAAAAGACAACCCGCAACCUCCGGAACCCAAACCAACAAUCGACGUCCAAACAGACGUAAUCUGUCUCCUCCGCCCACCCCUCUCCAAACGCCACUCCUACAUAACCUUCGCCCCCUACCACCUUUCCUCUCCCUCAAUAUCCCCUUCCAACGUAUUACUCACCAUCUCCCCAGCCCUAACCAACCUCUCCGGCUCCCACCCCUUUACCCUAACCUCCGCCCUACCCGUUCUUUCAGAUCUAAAACGCAUCGCCUUCCUCUGGGACUCUUCCGCCCCUCCCAACGGCCCUGGUCCAUUACCCGCUGACCUCGCCUUUUUGUUUCCGGGGAACUUACCCAGUUUAGAAACAAUCUAUAUCUUGCAUCCGGAGAUCAGGCCUAGGAGUGAAUGGUUCUGGGUAUCUCCUGACUGCGACACUUUCCGCGGAGGAGAGGGGAUGGGAAGUGAAGCGUUGUUUGUUGAGGUUCAGGAGGUAGAUGUGGAGAUGCAGGGGAAUUGGAAGGGGGGGAUGUGGGAUAUUUUGGGGGAGGAGAAUGGUGCUGGUGGUGGUAGUGUUGGUGGUGGUGCAGGAAAAAGGGAUGUGUGGGGACGGGGAGGAGGGGAAGUGAGGGUUAGUGAAGGGGUGAGGGAUGCUUUGAGGGAGGUUAAAGCGCUUGAGACGAUGUAUAACGACGGGAAGGGGAUAGGAGGAGUGAAGGUGAAGUUGAUGGGUUGUAUUCCUGUUAAGAAUUGA